AUGUCCCAACCAGAAGCGCCAUGGCAAUCGAUAGCUCGUCGCAAGCAGCAAGAGCAAUCGAACCUGAUACCCGAAGCUUGGAAGCUCAAGACUCGACCAGCGGCAAAUCGCAACAAUGUACUAUCCGUCCCUCGAGAGUGUGGUAUUCUGAGUGACAAGGAGAUCGGAAUCACCGAGAAAUACGAUGCUACGGCAUUGGUCAAAGAGCUGGCAGCGAAGAGACUCAAGAGCGUGGAUGUUGUUACUGCGUUCUGUAAGCGAGCGGCUAUUGCUCAGCAGUUGACCAAAUGUCUCACGGAGAUUAUGUUUGAGGAAGCAAUUGCAAGAGCCAAACAACUGGACGAACACCUUGAGCGAACUGGCAAACCCGUAGGAUCCCUGCACGGCUUGCCUAUUUCUGUCAAGGACUCCUUCAAGGUCGUUGGCCGUGAUGCAUCCAUCGGAUAUGCCUCCCUAUGCUUCAAACCUGCUGAGAGUAACUCGGCUUUGGUUGAGAUACUUCUACAAGCUGGAGCUGUCAUCCAUUGCAAGACCAACAUCCCACUGACACUUCAAGCCCUGGACUCCCACAACAAUGUCUUCGGUCGAGUGCUCAAUCCUGCAAAUCUCAAGCUUACUGCUGGAGGUAGCUCAGGCGGAGAGGGCGCAUUGAUUGCAAUGCGCGGUAGUGUACUAGGGGUGGGCACAGACGUAGGAGGCAGUAUCCGUAUACCAGCAAUGGCCAAUGGCCUUGUAGGUGUGAAGCCUAGUCAUGGUCGCAUACCCUAUGCUGGACAGGAAAACGGCAGUAUACCUGGUACUGAAACCCUCGGCAUAAGGUCAGUCGCCGGGCCGAUUGCGCAUAAUAUCAGAGAUUGCGAAUUGUUCUUCAGAGCUGUCGGAGAUCUGGAACCUUGGACAUUCGAUCCUGAGUGUGUCGCCCAGACUUGGGAUCAACAAGUUGUGCGUAGUGCUCCGAGGACGCCAUCACUUUCCGAUCACAUGAGAAGAUUGAGGAUCGGCAUUGUUAGGACUGAUGGUAUCACGACUCCUCUUCCUCCUAUCCAAGCAAUCUUCGACGAAAUUGCGAAGGCCCUGAGGAGCAAUGCUGCCAUCGAAGUCGUGGAGUUAGACAUUACAUCUCUGCUCUCACAAUGUCAAACAAUCGCCAAUGGACUCUUUGGAGUUGACGGCGCGAACACUGCAUUCGACCUCAUGGAAGUGACUUCCGAGCCAAUAUCGCCAUGGCUCGCUACACGCCUACGCCGCAAGAAGAGUCUUACGGCGGAGAAAGUUCGAGACCUUCAAGCACGACGAAACGCAUUACAGACACGUUUUCUCAACAUUUGGAAAUCGAGUGGAGGCUACUGGAAGGAUGCCUCGGGAGGCUCCAGAAACCUGGAUGUCUUCAUUUGCCCUGUAGCGCCUCAUCCCACACCAGCAAUCGAUACCUGGAACACGGUCUCGUAUACCUCUUCCUUCAACUUACUCGACUACCCAGCGGCAACGCUGCCUGUCCGUCCCAUCCGAGUUUCGGAUCUCAACAAUGCACUGACCGAACAGACGGCGACGCCGAACGGCUGGGAGAAAUAUAACCGCAAGCUCUGGAAUGACGAUCGUAGCGUAUUCCUAGGCGGCACAUUGUGUGUGCAGGUCGUAUCUCAGUGCAGGCAAGAGCGAGUGUUGUUGCAAGCAUUAUCAAAAUUGCAAGAUUCGCUUGCGGUGCUUAAGGAGGAUAAGGCGGUGAAACCAAAGUUGUAG